GCGUCGGGGAUGCGCGCGGCGUGGGAGCCGAGGGAGCCCAUGGCUGCGCCUGCUGAGCCGCCCGGCCCCGCGCGCUAGCCUCCCGCUCCCGGGCGCGGCCGCCCCCGUGGCCCCAGGGCCGAAGGGCGCAGGCCUGGCGCGGAGCCAGGCUCGGGAACCCCCGCGUGCCUCGCCUCCCACCCGCGACCCGGGCGAACAGAAAACAAUGCCCGGGGUGGCGGGGUCAGAGGGGCGGCGCGAACAACGGGGCGUUUCAUCCCGAGGUGGUGAGGUCGCCAGGGCCCCGCCUGCCCCACGCCCGCCAGGCCAGCUCUGCGUUCUCACGCCGCGGGACACGCGACGCGAGUCCCCCGGGCAGGGCCCCCACUCACAGCUCCCGAUACCCCAAGGACUGAACAACUGGCAUAAGGAAGGCCUGAUUCCCUUCCCGAUGUCCCCCAAGGACUGAAGCAUUCGGGAAACCACACUGCUCCCUAAUGAAGCCCAGCAACCACUCCUGUCCACAGCUGUGAGUGAGGCUGUGCGUGCAGUUCGGGUUAGGUCCUGAACCCAGGAGGGGCUGAGAGUCCCUGGGAUCUGCAAUAAUCAACUCAGGCCAGUGUGGGAUGUUGAUCUUGGAAAGAGCUUCUCCAGCCUUAAUCUCUGAGUCAGCGCUCCCCUAAGUUCCAUAUUUUCUUUACUGCGUAAGAAACUACCCUCUACCACCAGCAGCGCCAAAUGUAAGCUGGUACAACCACUUUGGAAAAUUACUCAGCAAAAUCCAUGGAAGCCGAACAUACAUACAUCCCUAUGAUCCAGCAGGUCUGCUCGCAAGAUUGUGGGUGAUCGUCUCCCAUGCUCGGAUGCUCGGUCUCAGGCAGAAAUCAGUGAUGUUUCGGAACGUUGGAACGUGCCUACAAUGGACACUACUGUAUUUUUGGUCACUUCAAAGCACCUAUGGACAGUCCUUUGCUUUUUCAUACAAGAGUAAGCUUAGGAAUGCUUUGCUUCAUUCCAGGUCAUUAGAUAGGUUCCUUUGUAAAGUUGCACAAAACGAAAAAGAUUCCAUUGAGCCAACAGAUAGCAGUGAUUCUCUUAGUGAUAUGAAAAUCGUCCUACACAGUAACCCUCCUCUCUCUUGUCUCCCUCACACCAGCCAUGAAGGUGUUCAAAGGUAUGUGUGGGUUAAUUUGUUUAUUUUUCUUUAUAUUUUGUAUUUUCUCUAUUAUUUUGUAUUAUAUUACAGCUUUGUAAUUAUUUUUAUAUGAAUAUUUUUAGGUUGUGGAACAAAUAAUCUGAGUUUCCAUUAUUUCUUAUGGGGAAAUUCACUUUGAUCUACAAGUGCUUUGGAUUACAAGCAUGUUUCCAGAACAAACUAUGCUCACAAACCAAGGUUUUACUGUAUAUAACAUUCUGGAAAGGGCAAAAACAUGGACACAGUAAAAACAUCGGUGGUUACCAGGGAUUAAAGAGGAGGGAGGGAUGAAGAGGCAGAGCACAGAGGAUUCUGAGGACAGUGAAAAUGCCUUGUAUUAUAUUCUAAUGGUGGAUGUAUACAUUUGUCCAAACUCAUAGAAUGUACCGCUCAUGAGUGGACCCUAACGUAAACUGCGGACCUUGGGUGCCAAAUGAUGCGUCCAGGCCCUGGCUGACCAAGUCGGGAGGUCUGCCUACAACAAGGACUGUAACCACCCCAGCAAGGGGUGCCCUGAGGCCGUACUGUCUGAUAUCCAAGGCGGGGAAGCGUGGAAGUUCUACAAAGACAGUGGAGGCCCCUAGCAUAGUAACAGCACGAGCUUUGAGGGGAGACGCCUGAGUCUGAAUUCCAGCGUGAGCCUCAGCUUUCCCAUCGGGAGUGCGGUGAAGAUUGAAUGAGCUGAUAACGAAGGGUGUAGAGCGCUUGGUACAGCACUUGGCCGGUGGGAAAGUCCACGAAUGGCCUCCGCAGGUCCAGAGCCUCAGGCCAGAGAGCCUCCUGCUAGUGUCCACCCUGGAUGGAAGUCUCCAUGCACUGAGCAAGCAGACGGGGGACUUGAAGUGGACGCUGAAGGAUGAUCCCAUCCUCCAAGGGCCAAUGUAUGUCACCGAGACAGCCUUUCUCUCAGACCCAGCUGAUGGCAGCCUAUAUGUCUUGGGGACCCAGAAACAGCAGGGAUUGAUGAGGCUGCCGUUUACCAUCCCCGAGCUGGUUCAUGCCUCCCCGUGUCGCAGCUCUGAUGGCGUCUUCUACACGGGCCGGAAGCAGGAUGCCUGGUUUGUGGUGGACCCUGAGUCGGGAGAGACGCAGAUGACGCUGACCACAGAGGGUCCCUCUACCCCCCGCCUCUACAUCGGCCGAACACAGUACACAGUCACCAUGCAUGACCCCAAGUCCCCGGCCCUGCGCUGGAACACCACCUACCGCCGCUACUCGGCACCCCCCAUGGAUGGCUUGCCUGGGAAAUACAUGAGCCACCUGGCAUCCUGUGGGAUGGGCCUGCUGCUAACCGUGGACCCAGGAAGUGGGGCGGUGCUGUGGACACAGGACUUGGGCAUGCCCGUGAUGGGAAUCUACACCUGGUACCAGGACAGCCUGCGUCAGCUGCCCCAUCUCACGCUGGCUCGGGACACCUUGCAUUUCCUCGCCCUCCGCUGGGGCCACAUCCGACUGCCUGCCUCAGGCGCCCAGGACACGGCUACCUACUUCUCCGCCUUGGACACCCAGCUUCUGAUGACACUGUAUGUGGGGAAGGAUGAAACUGGCUUCUAUGUUUCUAAAGCACUGGUUCACACAGGGGUGGCGCUAGUGCCUCGAGGACUGACCCUGGCCCCCAUGGAUGGCCCCACCACAGAUGAAGUGACACUCCAAGUCUCAGGCGAGCGAGAGGGCUCACCUAGCACGGCUGUCAGAUACCCUUCAGGCAGUGUGGCCCUCCCUAGCCAGUGGCUGCUCAUUGGACACCACGAACCACCCCCAGUCCUGCAUACCACCAUGCUGAGGGUACAUCCCACCCCAAGGAGUGGCACUGUUGAGAAGAGACUCUCAGAGAGCACGCAGCCUCUAGCCCUCUUCCCGGAGCUCCUGAGCCUGAGCCGUGAGAAACCUUGGAGCCCGGAGCUGCAUCCUGAAGAGAAAACCCCAGACCUGUAUCCAGGGCUGGGACCCCAAGACCUGUUGGCAGCUAGCCUCACUGCUGUCCUCCUGGGAGGGUGGAUUAUCUUCCUAAUGAGGCAGCAGCAGCAGCUGGUGGAGAAGCAGCAGCAGGCCCUCCUGGCACCUGCAGACCCUCCUCACAUCACACAGCGUGCUCAGCCCCAGCCACCAGGGGCCACCCCACAGGGCCAGAAGGGCCUUCGAAGCCGCUCAGAGCAAGCCCAGGCAGUCGAAGACCCAGAAGCUGAGCAGCUCACCGUGGUGGGCAAGAUUUCCUUCAACCCCAAGGACGUGCUGGGCCGCGGGGCAGGCGGGACGUUCGUUUUCCGGGGCCAGUUGGAGGGCCGGGCCGUGGCUGUCAAGCGGCUGCUCCGUGAAUGCUUCGGCCUGGUCCGGAGGGAGGUCCAGCUGCUGCAGGAGUCGGACAGGCACCCCAAUGUGCUCCGCUACUUUUGUACCGAGCGGGAACCCCAGUUCCACUACAUCGCCCUGGAGCUCUGCCAGGCCUCCUUGCAGGAGUACGUGGAAAACCCUGAGCUGGAGCGCUGGGGCCUGGAGCCCGGGGAGGCGCUGCAGCAGCUGAUGUCCGGCCUGGCCCACCUGCAUUCCCUACACAUCGUGCACAGGGACCUGAAGCCGGCCAACGUCCUCAUCGCGGGGCCUGACGGCCCUGAGGGCCGAGGCAGGGUGGUGCUCUCAGACUUUGGCCUCUGCAAAAAGCUGCCUGUCGGCCGCUGCAGCUUCAGCCUCCGCUCAGGCAUUCCCGGCACGGAAGGCUGGAUGGCACCCGAGCUCCUACAACUGCUGCCCACCGACAGCCCUACAAGCGCAGUGGACAUCUUCUCUGCAGGCUGCGUGUUCUACUAUGUGCUUUCUGGCGGCAGCCACCCGUUUGGAGAGAGUCUUUACCGCCAGGCAAACAUCCUUGCAGGGGCUCCCAGUCUGGCUCACCUGGAGGAAGAGACCCACGACAAGGUGGUUGCCCGGAACCUGGUUGAGACCAUGCUGCACCCCUUGCCGCAGGCCCGCCCCUCUGCUCACCAGGUGCUGGCCCACCCCUUCUUUUGGAGCAGAGCCAAGCAGCUCCAGUUCUUCCAGGACGUCAGUGACUGGCUGGAGAAGGAGCCUGAGCAAGGGCCCCUGGUGAGGGCGCUGGAGGCGGGAGGCCCCGCGGUGGUCCGGUGCAACUGGCAUACGCACAUCUCCGUGCCGCUGCAGAUAGAUCUGAGAAGGUUCCGGACGUACAAGGGGACGUCGGUGCGAGACCUGCUCCGUGCAAUGAGGAACAAGAAGCACCACUACAGGGAGCUCCCGGCUGAGGUGCGGCAGGCGCUAGGCCACGUCCCGGACAGUUUCGUCCAGUACUUCACAACCCGCUUCCCGCGGCUGCUGCUCCACACGUACACGGCCAUGAGGAGCUGUGCCUCUGAAAGUCUCUUCCUGCCCUACUAUCCGCCGGUCUCGAGGCCCAGGGAGCCGUGCCCAGGGGCCGCUGGGAGCUGAGACAAGGAGUUGGGCCCGUGGCCAAGGCUGGCCUCAGCGUCAGAAGAGACGGACAGAGACUUGGCAGCCUGGGGCUUCUGGAGCAAAGAUGUGCCCAGAGCCCAGGCACCCCUCAGGGACUACAAGAAGAAAAAGAAGAUUCACGUGUUUAAUGUAUAUAAAGGCAAGGAAAGGACA